AUUGUCAGAACUUUUACACUGUACAAAAACAUAGCCGUAUCGGAAACAUAGCAAUUAGCCCAAGUAGACAUUACCCCACUGGAACCAUGAUAUACCUACAGAGCUGCUGCUGCUUCGUGGAUCUGCGGAUCGGUACCAUGGCAAUCGGGAUUCUGCACAUCAUAGCGGAUAUCCUCGCAGGCACCUUUGUAGCCCUUUACGGGGAGUCGGGCAUUCCCGAUUUGGGUCACACCCUCUUCCUCAUCUUCGUCAUGCUGCACAUCCUGAGCUGCGUGUUCCUGAUCAUCGGCUGCUUACGGUUGAGGAGCAGCUGGAUGCUCUUCUAUAUAAUAAUGACCAUGAUCAUGGCCCUUGCCAUGAUCAUAUUGAUAGUAUCCGACGUCAUACUCGUCGUUUGGUUCUGGGUAAUGAUCACAUAUGCUUUAAUGUUCUUUAUAUGCCUCUAUUUCUGGCUGGUCGCAUACUCUUUUUACGCCGCCUUAGGAGGCCCUCUGUUCAUCUGACUGUGAUCCUCUGCCAAGAAGCUCUGGAAAUAAAUUGUAUUUGUAUUAUAAGUGGCCUCUGAACAUGAAUAUAAUCACCACAUCUCUUUUACGCCA